UGUGUUCCUUAAAAGCUUUCUAAAUUCUGUUUCGAUUUUCAAUAGUAUCUAUGGAGAGGCCGCUUUAUCGAACAAAGAAAGCGCACGAUCUGUUCAAAAUUGUCUGCACAGAUUUUUAUCGGCGAGUUUCCAAUUUGUGUCUGCGACUCUACAAUGAACUUAUUUGAGUAGGUCAGCUGAAGUUUCUACCAUGUGUUUUUGUUUGCAUAUAUAAUAACAUGAAUUAAUCCUAGAUUAAACUCUAAAUUAAUAUAAAACAUAAUGUAGCAUUUUGGUACGUUUAAUCUCGACGUAAGCGUUUAGUACGUGUGAUUUAAAUAUACUGUAACUGGGAUUAAUUUUUAUUUCACAGCCACAAAAGCAAAAUGGAAGCCACGAAUAAAAGAUUUUGAAAGGGAACUUGAUCAAAAUGUUGUUUAUUUGCGGAUACGAGAUAACUUAGAAAAAAAAUGACAAGUGAAUUCAGGAAAAGUUAGAAAAAAAGCUUGUCAUACCUUUGUGUUAAUCAUUCUAUGAAGGAAAAACAAUCGAUAUCAUUGACACGUUAUUGAAAAGUAAGCAAUGUUUCAAUCGUCCCUGGAAAGAAUUCCUGGGAAAAUAAGACGAGGAUUUGUUUAUCAAUCUUCCGAAGACAUUCUCCCUUCUUUAAGAAAAAGACAUGAUUCGCGCACAACUAAGGAAAAGGAAAAGAUUCAACGCAGAGUUGUUAGACAUGAUCUCUAUCCUCCUUUUAGGGAGGAACAAAGUCGGCCGGGAACACCCGUAGUGGGUACCCGGCUUGAACGAUAUGCAAGUGGUAAAGGCCGAAGACCACAGAUACCAUAUGAAACGGCUGAUAUGUAUGCUAAUAACGGGAUGUACAAGAUGCAACAAAAAGGUUCAGCAACAAGUCGACGAGAAGGAUCUGGAAAACAAUUGCUUUCUGCAAAGAGAUGUCCUACUCCACUUCCGAACGAAAAACCGCUCACAAAAUUAUGUUGGAACCAUCACAGAGAAUUAGUAGAAGAGGACGAUUCGGAUGAUGACAUAAUAAUAAACGAAAUGUUAGAUAUCCGGAGACAACAUGAACGUCAUUUUACAGCCUCUACCGUUCACAUAAAUAAAAACAAUUUUGACGUUACACUGUCGGACUUAGAAAAUGACGCAAGUCAUAAGCCUCAAGAUCCAAUUCAGCUGACGCAAAAAGUUUUACAGACACUGAGAAGUGACAAUGUUAAUAAAAAUCAAAGGAUUGUACAGUGGUUAAUGGACUGUGAAGAAAAGAACAAAUUCACCGGUUCACAACUCCCGUCUCAUUUACCGGAUAUUAUGAUAAACGCUCGCCAUGCUGCUUCCGCCUCGCCUAGUAUGAUAAAAAGAAUGUAGUAAAUCUUUUUCAAUGGAAUAGUUCUUUUGACAAUAUUGCUUCUGAUCUGAAAUAUUUGAUCGUCGUAUACUUACAUUGAGUAAAAUUUAUUGUUCAUCGUAGAUCUAAUGAAAUACAAAAAGAAGUUCUCGUAGUGAUGAUGAUUAAACAUUGCUUGCAAGUAAGAACUUUUUAAGAUCUUGCUUCCUUUAGAUAUUGUAUUUCAAUACCGUACAGUACUUUAAUGUCAUUCUAAAAAAAAAGUGUCUAUAUCAAAACAGUA